UACAUUUAAUUUUAGUAUGAAACACUGCAAUCUAUUUAUUUCAUGCAUAAUUUUAUAGUUAACCUAAAAUCUUGACAUUUUAAGUACAGCAUUGUGUAAAUGUGAAUGGACGAUUAACGCCAAACAAAGUCCACAAACUUUUGUUUAAACGUUAUUUUAAAGUUAUUAACAAAUUGAUUAUUAAGGUGAAAGCAAAAAUUAAAUCAAAAAGUAACGGGUAGGAAAAGCAUAAAAUUGACAGAAAUAACGUAUUGGGUUAUAUCGUGUCGCAGUAUUUCUAAACGCGGGUUGGUUCUUUAUCCUCCCCUCCCCUCCUAUCUUCUGAAUCCCUUCCGAAAAUCGCGCAGCAUCCUUGCGCGCGAAACACGCGUAUGCCGGUGGACGCACAUUGUGUGCCUGUACUUCGAUGUACAUACUUGUGAAUAGUGUAUUUUAAGUUUUAGUUUUACGGGAUGCAUGUAUGAAAAAGCGACUCGUAUAUAAUAGUCAUAAAAAGAUUAAAUAGUAUAAAAAGAAACGAAAGUUAUUUGUCAAUUGAUCGUGAGUAUAGUCAUCACAGUUAGACGUGAAAUUUGUACGUACAUAAAUCGAAAAAAGAACAUUAUCAUUAUUGUACCUGCUAUUGGUUUGGGGAAAAGAAUUUGUAGUAUUAACGACAAUACAAAGAAUAUAAUUUUGUGAAUCUUUCGCUUCCUCCCCUCUACUUUCCUACCCCUAAUUCCCUCUCGCCCGUUGAUGAACAAGCAGUUGUCGUUUUUUGCAUGUUUCACUUUUUUUCUCCGGCAUCCCUUCAGUUUCGUUCAUCCGUCGCAGAAGCGGUUGUGCCGUUUAAUAAAACUCGAGAAGUCGUAUAGUCUAAGUUACGUCCAUUCGACAAUUCUCUUUGUGUUCUUGUUUUCCGUGUCCGACAGUGUUGUCAAAAUUCCGGCAGCACCGUUGUUUCAGCUGCCAUUGCUGUACUGUCUGGCGUUCAAUCGUAGCUUCAUAAAUACGAUUCUCUGAAUUACACGUAGAACAUGCUCGCAGAACAGACAUAGCGGAUGAUUCUACCUUCAGCUCCAGACGCCGGUUCUGAGUGAGCUAACCUUCACAAAGUGAGGGUACCUCUUAUCUGUUUGAUCAUCGUUCAUCGAGCUUGAAGCAGUGCUACAAAUUGACAGAACGAUGAAGUGGCUCGGUGCGAGUAGCGCUGGUGCUGCGGGUGAACCGGCACCUUCUAUGCAAUUACACCACCCUUCCGCAAAUGGACAUAUACCUACGGAUGCAGAGCAAUGUGGUCAAGUAAUGGCUGGUGGUGACAGUAUGCGUAUACAACCUGGUCAAACGCAUCAAAUAGGUGUGAACAGAACUCAAGAUGAUGCUAUGGUGGGUUAUGUAUUUCAACGACCAACAGAAGCAGAAUUUAAUGCUCAAUCUUCAACAUUUCAAACAAAACAAGCACCUCGUGCUUGGGCUCUUGCAGAUGAUGCUAUUAUUGAUAAUAAUCCAGAAAAAUGGAAAUAUCCCAUUACUAAACUGAGUGUACCACAACAGAAUCAACCUCAACAAUUAGGUCUACAAACUAUGAAUAAUGUUCAUCUACCUUAUGAAAUCCAUCCAAUGCAACUUAAAAGUGGAGCACCAGGAACAGAACAUUUAGUUUAUCUUAAUAAUCAAAUGACAGCACAACAACAAGUUGCUCUCUUUCAUCAUCAACAGCAACAACAACAGCAACAGUUCAGGAAUGGCCAGGUAAGCAUAUUUCUUAUGAAUUAUUUUAAUAUUUUAAUAUUUUUAAUAAUAGUAAAAAAUUAUAAAUAGAUUUGAAAAUAAAUCUG